GUGGGGGGUAAUUGACACCCCCCCCACCAGCAACGAAAAACCCGAGCGAAAGUUGACUUUUUUUAGCGGGGAGGGAGAAGAGGAAGAAGUGAAAUAAAACAUAGAGGAGUCAAACAUUUAAGUCCAUGAGGACGCCGCCCUUGUCAAGCGCAAGCGGCGCGUGACGUUUGCGGAGGAUGGGUGCAGCCAAAGUUUGCGCAACUGUCCCAAAGCCGGAUAAAUUACGCCGAGUUGUAAAGUCACUCGCAAUUGAUGCUGAGUGGGCGUGACGCUAAAAAGCCGAUGGAGUACAGUGAGAGAGUGCUGUGCGGGACGGGGGAAGUGGAGCUGGAUCCCAACAUUGUCAGCGAGGAGGCUGGAAAGCUGUAUUCCGAACUGCAGACGGUUAUCGAGACCCAUGGCGAGGGUGUGGUGGAGUCCCUGGUACCCAUCUUUGUGUGGGUACUGGAGGCGCUGGCCAGCUGCAAAGCCCAGCUGAGAGAACGAGAGGACGAGGCGGAGAGGGAGAGGGCGGAGCGGGACGGCCUGCUGGAGCGAUACCAGGCGGAGAAAGCGCAGAGGAAAGAAAGCCAAGAGAGGUAUUUGGAGCUGGAUGACCAAAUAGAGCAGGAAAGGAGAGCCAUGAGAGCGAGGGAAAAAGAGCGGGAAAGUAGAGAGAGACGCCUCGAGAAGAAAGCCAGGGAGCAGGCGGAUCACCUGGUGGCCUUGGAGGAGCAGAAGUCGGCCCUGGGGAGGGAGCUGAGCACGCUCAGGCUUGCGCACAACAAGUUGGCUCACUCCUAUCGGGAACUGCUGGAAAAGCGGAAGGACUCGGAAAGAGAUUCACCCCUGAGGAAUCACACACGGCACCAAAAUGCUGAAUUUUCCUUCAACCAAGUCUUAGCAGACUCCAGCUCCCAGCAGAGAACGCACUCCAACUCUGGUACUUUGUGUUUGGAAGAUACGGAAGCCAAAGAAGAGAAGACGGCCGAUAUUAUCAAGUCUGCCUCGGAUCGCUUUGUCAACGACAUCAUAAGCUCCACUCCUGAACUGAGACAGUUUCACGGCUCCUCGGCUGAUACGAGUACCCCAGCAAGACCCGACACGAAAGCUCCUGAGACCAGCUUGCAGGAUGAGCUCAAGGAGGGCAAGGUGGAAGAACUCACGGGAGGAGCGAAGCAGGAAAAAUCCGGGGAGGAGGAGGAGGAGUUGGACGAGGACAGCAUGGAGUGGGAACUACGCAACACGGACUCGGUUUUUUCCGAGCUGUCGGAGCUAAGUCAGGAUUUUGUGGACAGUGUUGACCAAGGGGCCAGCAUCAGAGGCAGCGCUGACCAGUUUGAGGAGAUUCUUUCUCAGUACGAGGAAUUGAAACGCACCCACGAGUUGGUCGACACGGCCCGGAAGGCUCUGAUAAAUCGGGUGGUGGAGCUGACGGACGACCGCUCCGCUCUCAAGUUGGAAGUGACCUCUCUGAGGGAAACGGCGGCACGAGUCGAAGGCCGGAUGAAGGAGAAAGAGGAGGAACUUAAAAGACUUCGAGAAAAACUGGAGACAUUUCAGUCGUCGGAUCCUGAUGCCUCAUUAGCCACCUCCAUGCGGCACUUCUCUCGCUCGGAAAUGGCUCGGGUGGUCAUGGAGAAGAACCAGUACAAACAGCGGCUGUUUGAACUGCAGGAGGCAAUGAGGCAAAGCCAGACACUCAGGGCAACAAAAGAAGAAAGGCUCUCAGAGGAGAGAAGGUCAAGUGUUUGGGCCAAGUUCAAUCGCUUUUUUGGCCUGACCAAACAGCCGUUGAUCCUACCUCGCGCCGCUUUCCCAUCGGUCGCUCUCCCUCCUCUGCCGCCGCCUCAACAGCGACAGGAAGUCGGUCAGCGUCAGGCCCAAUCAUCUGCCGCUCCGGUUUUAUCACCUCGCGCCAGGAGGAGGGAACUCUACAGGGAAAUUCGCUCGCACGUUUGGGGAACUCUCGGAAAGCGUCAGCUGCACGGCUGGAGCGUGCCCCUGGCUAACACUCAGGAAUCUCAGGAAGCGGUCCCGGAGCCCCAAGACGUGCCGGUCCUGACGCAGCUUCGACUCCUAGACCAAAGAGACUGCACCGCAAAGCUGAACUGUGCGGUGGCGGUCCCGCCGGAGCUCUCGGGAGAGGCAACGUGCUCCGUGUGGGUAGUUUCUGGCCCCGCCUCCAGCAGUGCCGUCUCAGUGAUUGACCCCGCCCGACCCAACACUGUCCUGGAUCAGUUCAGCCUCCCCCCCACAGCUCCUGCCCUCUGCAUCUGUGCCGUGCCCCCCGUUGGGGACUCUCCGGGAACUGUUUGGAUUGGAACCCAGGAAGGAAGUAUAGUGAUACAUGCAGCCUCUGCAGAUAGGGGGCGCUGUCUGCACUCAGUUUCCCUCUCCGAAAGCGUUCAUUCACUCAGAUGCUCCCAGGGUCAAGUCAUCGCCGGCUUAGGCGACGGAACGUUGGCUUUCUUCUCCAGUAGUUCCGGCGGCUGGAACCUGCAGUCACAUUCAUUGAUGCCGUUGGGCUCCAACCCCGUGCAGCCCAUUCGCUGCUGCCUCGCUAAAGGCGGACGCUUGUGGGUCGGCUAUUGGAACCGAGUCCACGUGGUCGACAUUAAUAGGAGGAAAGUGGAGCACAUUUUUCCCGUCUCGGAGCGCAGCGAGCAGCAAGUUCGCUUCCUGUGUGCCGGAGGGAGUGGCGUUUGGACGUCCUGCAGACUUGACUCCGUCCUCAGACUGUUUGACUGGUCCACUGGACGCCCGCUACAGGAAGUGGAUUUUGCUGCUUUGGUGACCAAAUCAUUAGGUCAAUCUUUCCUGGAGCUCUCGCCUCUUCAGAUCUCCUCUCUUGCCGUCAUCUCGAGCCGCCUGUGGGUGGGCACGGCGGGCGGUGCCAUCGUCUCCAUCCCUUUAUCGAUAACGUCCGAAGCAGUUUCCAUCCCAUACUGCUCUGUUGCGACAGCCCAGCUGUGUUACCACGGACACCGACAAGCUGUCCGCUUCAUCAUUGCCGCACCAGGUUGUUUGAUGUCGACCAGUGGCAGCAACGUUGCGAGCUCUCAGCUCAUCCUCAGCGGAGGCGAGGGCUACAUCAACUUCCGCAUCGGAGACGACGAGAGCGACGGCUCAGUGGAGUUGUUCCAGGCGACGCUGCAGCGAUUCGAGCGCAGUCACAUGAUCAUUUGGCAAAAUCCCAGUGUUCCCGUGCCCAGCGCUGCCCUCUGACAUGUCCCGGAUGCCCCAGACUUUCUCAAAUCUUUUCACUCCUUAAUCCCCCAAAAAGUAGCCUCGAGUGCCUUCGCCGCUGCCGGCUUGAUGCAAAUGUGUCCAACUUCUGUUUCUUGUCCUUCUGCCUUUUAUUUGAUAGCAUACGAGUCAUGCUUGGAGUUUCACCGAGAUCCACAUUUGCCAGUUUGUUGCAUUCAAAGUUGAUGACUUGUUCCAAAUGUUUUGCUUAUGAACAGGAAAACAUGACCGCAACAUUGUUCAUUCAUCUGGCACGUACUGUAUAUAUUUUGUUGUAAACUA